GCCCGGCUCCGCCCGCUGGAGCCGUGCCGGCCGUGGGCAGCGCUGGCGGCGGGCGGGGCGGCAGGUGCGGGCAGGGCGCUGAGUGCCAGCCCUGAUCCCGCUCGGCGCCGCUCAGCAUGAAGGUCCGCUUCGCUCCCAUCAAUGUCCCCCUGAAGAGGAGGAUCCAGACCGUGGCGGUGCUGCAGUGGAUCUUCUCCUUCCUCCUGCUGGGGCAGUUUUGCUGUGGAUUAUUCCUGCUCUUGAUUCUGAGCAACUUCUGGUUCCUGGGUGUUCUGUACCUGCUGUGGCUGUACCUGGACUGGGAAACACCAUGUGCGGGGGGCAGGCGGUCGCAGUGGGUCAAGAACUGGACUGUUUGGAAUUACUUCAGGGAAUACUUCCCCAUUCAGCUAAUAAAAACUUCGGAUUUGGAUCCAAAGCACAACUACUUACUUGGCUUUCACCCUCAUGGGGUUCUGGUGGCUGGAGCCUUUGGGAAUUUUUGCACUGGUCCAAGUUUCAAGAAUUUAUUUCCCGGACUCACUCCAUAUCUUCAUAUCAUGCCCAUCUGGUUUGGCUGCCCCUUCUUCAGAGAGUAUGUCAUGAGUGCUGGAAUGGUUUCUGCCUCCAAGGAGAGUGUCUCAUACGUGCUGAAUAACGCAGAGGGCGGCCAUGCAUCCGUCAUUGUGAUUGGAGGAGCAGAGGAAUCUCUGAAUGCUCAUCCUGGGAGUUUGACUUUGAACAUCCUCAAGAGGAAGGGCUUCAUUAAAAUGGCCUUGAAACAUGGAGCUCAUCUGGUCCCAGUGUUUUCCUUUGGUGAAAAUGAGCUCUUCAAGCAAGUUGCAAACCCCAGAGGUUCGCGGCUAAGAACUAUACAGGAGAAGCUGCAAAAGAUAAUGGGCUUUGCUCUACCGCUGUUUCACGCCCGAGGAAUAUUUCAGUACAGUUUUGGCUUAAUUCCUUUCAGGCAACCAAUUCACACUGUUGUGGGAAGCCCCAUCCUUGUAAAAAGGAACCCGAAUCCCACCAAUGAAGAGGUUGAACAGCUACAUGCGCUUUAUCUGCAGGAACUCAGCAAAUUAUUUGAAGAACACAAAGGAAAAUAUGGAAUCCCUGAGGACAAAACUCUCAUCUUUGAGUAGUAAAUUACCAUUUGUAAUUCCAAAUCUCAUGGAGAGGAAAAAAAAUAUAUAAGUAUGCUGAAAGAGGUUUUUCUUGCAAUCUGUAUUUUGCAAUCUGUAAUUAGCCUUGUGUAAGGAACAAUUUUAAGAAGGGAUUAAAUAGUUUAUUGAUCUUUAUCUUAUGGAAAAAAAAGAGAACACAACCAACCAUCCUUAGGGUGUGAGGCUCGAAGCAAGUGCUGUUUCGAGUUGCCAUUUGGGGUUCAUCGGUACUAAAAAUGCCAGUGAGAGACUCAACACUGAUGUUCUUACUACCAGGUACUUUACCAUAGCUUGAGCAGAGGACGUUGUCCCAGCAUGACAUCAGGAGCAGGAGAAGCAUAAAGCCCGGAGGUCUGACGUUGGAAGCUGGGAGUCCUACCAACACGUGUCGAAUAUGACAGCAAGUUUUCCUCUGAACAUCAGGAGUCUGCUGCUCUUCCAUGGGAAUGAAGUUGUAUGUUUUCAGUAGAUGGCUCCUGCAAGCCAUUUACGUGUGAAUUCAUGAAUAACUAAGAGUUUUCUGCCUUGAAUAGGACAAUCAGCAAAAGUGGUUUGUCCAACUGAUGGAGCAGGCCAAACUCUGCUGGAAGGAAGAACAGUGUGUUGAGUUAUUCUGUGUGCAUGUAUAUGCUGGGUGGUGGGAAGCACUGAAUAACGUGGCCUUUUUGGACAAGCUGUACUUUGGAUCAUCGGUUUGUAAGAUGAAGCAGCUUUGUUCAGUAGUUCUAAUCUCAGAGGAGAUGGCUGGAUGGGAGAAGUAUACAAUGAAACUAGUGUGGGAAUGGUGUGAAUUUCACCUCUUGUGCAAAUCAGCAGUUAUAUGCCAAGCACUGCCACAGAAGAAAGGAAAGUGGCAUUUGUUCAAGUCCAGUUCUGACACUUCACCAAGAAAAGUGUACUUGAUUUAUGCCUCUUUCUUCCCCACUGAUAGAUGUGUGGAAGUGCGUGGGGAGCUGUCUGUGUGAUAGAGCUGUAAUUGCCCCGGAGCAGUGGUAGCACAGCUCUGAGGUGAGGUGGGUUGAGAGGAUGCUUUGUGUACAAACAGCUGCCUAGAUUUGAGAGGUUUAUCUUAAAUGUGGAUGUGCAUCUAAGAGGAAAAAAGAAAUCUUAGCCAAACUCCUUUUCGGUUAAAGUGCCUGGGUCACUGAGAUGAUGAUGUGUGAAGAGAAUUAUAGUAUUUUAUUAAACUUUUUAAUGAAA